AUUAUAUAGUUUUUUUAGGAUGAAAUAAUAACUUAACUUAGACUAGAAAAAUAAAUGCCACCUAUGUGGAGGCAAUCUUGUCCGCAAAUACCAAGUUUACCUAAUCCAAGAGCUGCUAUACUUAAUUUUGUGAAAGGGGUUUGGGGUAGAGGAAACGUCACAUUGAAUACAGCCAUAUAUUCUAGUGACAUGAAAAUCAAACUUCUGCCAGCUCUUCAAGACAACUAUAUGUACAUGAUUAUUGAUGAAAAAACAAAGCAUGCUGCCAUUGUUGAUCCUGUAGAACCAGAAAAAGUCAUAAAUGCUAUGAAGGAAGAGAAUAUAAAACUUACACAUGUUCUGACAACUCAUCAUCAUUGGGAUCAUGCUGGUGGAAAUGAAGAGUUGUGUAAACAACUGACUGACUUGGUAGUAUGUGGAGGGGAUGAAAGAAUUGGAGCUCUCAAUAAGAAAGUAAAAGAUGGUGAUAAAAUAAAGGUUGGAAGUUUAAAUGUUACAUGUAUAUUCACACCAUGUCAUACCUCAGGUCAUAUGUGCUAUUAUGUUGAAGGUGACUCUAAUGUUCCAGCUAUAUUUACUGGAGAUUGUUUAUUUGUUGGUGGAUGUGGAAGAUUUUUUGAAGGCACUGCCCAACAAAUGCAUGAAGCAUUAAAUGAAAAACUUUCAAAAUUUCCUGAUGUUACUAAUGUUUACUGCGGUCAUGAGUACACAGUGAAAAAUCUUAUGUUUGCACUUCAUGUUGAACCAAACAAUCGUGAUGCGCAACAAAAACUUGAAUGGGCAAAGAACCGACGUGAUAGAAAUUUACCUACAAUACCUUCAACGUUAGGAGAAGAAAAGUUAUUCAACCCGUUUAUGAGGACCAAUCAGCCGGUUAUUCAACAGCAUGUUCACGCCAGUAAUAUUAUAGAAGUAAUGGCAGCUCUACGGAAAGAUAAAGACAGCUGGAAACCAAAGUGAAAAUGAUGAAAAGACCAAAACCAUUUUAUAUUCAAUCAUGGUUGCAGUAUUUUUUUUAGACGUAAAUAACCAUGGUUUAUUAUAACCAUACUAGCAAUGGUAUAAUUAUAAUUAAAUAAUUAGCAUGCUAAUUACGUUAUUGGAAUAAUUUAUUAGCAUGCAAGUUUCAAAAACUGUUUCUUUAAAUUUUUAAACAAUCUCUUCAUUUUUUCUAAUUUUAGUAUUUUUGUAAAUCGAAAUUCAAUAUUAAAAAAUGAGUCUAUCAAUGUUCAAUAUUGAAUCGAUGUUUAUUAUUAGAGAAAAUAUAUAAUAUUACAUUUUAUAAAUUUAACAAAUUCGUUUAAUUUUAUUAAUAUUUUUGAGUUUCUAGAAUAAUUUUCAAAGAAGCUUCUCAUUGGUACUAUUUUUAAUUUUUUUUUUGCUUGUAAUCAGGUAGUUGUGUCUCCUUUUUUAUGUUAUAAAUAUAUAGAUAUAUAUAAAUAUUCGGGAAUAUUUAGUUUUUGUACAUUUUUUGAAAUUAUGAACAUAUUCGUAAUUUGUAAAAUAAAUUGGUCUUUAGUUUUUUCUUAAUAUCUAAAAGAAUGAGUGAAUAUAUCUUUUUUGUUAUUGUCGAUCAUUAUAAAAUUAAUAGAAUGAAAUUCUUGAGUGUGUUAA